GGAAUUGUUAUUAUUAUUGUUAUUAUUGCCACAUGAAUUUUUAAUGUAUAUUGUAGUUGUUUUUCUUAAUUUGUUUAUUUUAUUAUGCUUAUAUUGUUGAUGUACUCUGAUUGUUAUGUGAUUUUCAUAUGAUGUAAGCUGCUUUGGGUCCCGUGAGGGGAAAAGGCGGGUGAUAAAAAGAUUUAUCAUCGUCAUCGUCAUCAUCAUCAUGCCAUACAGAGCCAGUAUGUAUACAACAAUCUCAAAAUAAUAAUAAUAGUAGUAGUAGUAGUAGUAGUAGAAGUAGAAGUAAUGAUGAUGAUGAUGAGAGUGGUAUUGAAGAAGGGAAAAAUAAUUGAAAGUGAAGGCAUAAAUAUGCCUAAUGGCUAAACGAUAAAGUGUCACCAGCCAGAAGCCUAUAAAUAUCUGAGCAUACUACAGCUGGACAACAUCAAACAUGAACAUGUGAAAACUAUCAUCAGCAAAAAAUACACACAAAGAGUCAGAAAAAUUCUCAAAAGCAAGCUCAAUGGAGGCAAUACUAUUGAGGCCAUAAACACCUGGGCCAUACCUGUCAUAAGAUAUACUGCUGGCAUCAUAAAGACGCAGGUGGAGCUGGACAAUUUGGACAGAAAAACAAGAAAACUUAUGACAAUUCAUAAUUCACUGCAUCCUUGCAGUCAUGACCGGCUAUAUCUGCCUAGAAGAUCUGGUGGCAGAGGACUUUUACAAGUAAACCAAGCAGUCAAAGAAGAAGAACAUGACCUGGCAGAAUAUGUAAAGAAAAGUGAAGAACCUGCUUUGAUUGAUGUCAAAAAUCAGAAACUUCUCAAAGCACAGCAGACAAGGAACCAGUACAAGAAGACUGCACUACAAACUAGAGCUGACAUCUGGCACGACAAAGCAUUGCAUGGACAAUUCCUUGACAAAAUUGAAGGAAAGGUUAAUAAGGAGAAGACCUGGCUAUGACUUACGAAUGGUACAGGGAAGAAGGAGACAGAAGGCCUGAUUCUUGUAGCCCAGGAGCAAGCCAACAGAACAAAUACAAUCAAGGCCAAAAUCAAAAAAAAAAUCAGCUGAUGGCCCAAAAUGCAGACUGUGCAAAGAAGCUGAUAAACCGUAUCAACUUUUCCUUCAAUUUUGUCAACCUUCAGGUCCCACCACUGUUGUUUGUUCUGUUGCUGUUCAGUAAAAGCAAUCAGUAGCUGCAUUAUUAGAGGGCAUAUGACCUUUGGAAAGAGCUGGUGCAGGACAUCUGAGAGAGCGUUGCCUGAGAUGCGGAGCUGGUGGACAAGUUGGGGCCUGAUCUGAGGAGUUUGGGGGAGCUUCUCCAUAACAGAUAUGCCCUGGCUAUGCAGGAGUAUGAAGAGCAGCUGAAAGAUAACCCAAUAAAGUAAGCAAAGGCUCAAUUAUUUUCUGAGAAUCCUAAAUUUAGAACAUUUGUUGCCAGUUUCCUGACCGCAUUUGCUUUUUCUUUUUUCUUUGUCCACCAGGAAAAGGACCAGGGAAGAGGAGCGAUCCCACCAUCAGGAUUUCUGGGAUUCAGGUGAACGUUAAAGCCAUCAUCCAACACGAAGAGACUGUUGCGAUGCUGCACCACACCAUUCCCACUGACUGAGAGGUGAGGGCCAGGUGAAUGUGGGCUUUGUAUAUAAAGAAAGCAUUUAAGUGGGAGCUGACCUUGCUUAAAACAUUCUGGUGACACUUUUAUCCCAUAGUUACCCAGCCAUUAGGAAGGAACCACCAUGGUGGGGAAGAGGCAGCUUCUCAUCCAUUUUCUUCUUCUUUGCUCAAAUGUCCAUGUUUCUUCUGAAUUGUCAAGCCAAAGCUGCCCAUUUCGAUGUUGAAUGGGGCUUAGAGGAUGAUUCGCAUUUGCUGCUGGGAGUUUACGAGUAUGGCUAUCGGAACUGGGAGUUCAUCAAAUUGGACCCAGAGCUGAAAUUCACUGACAAGGUCAAGGUGAGAAAGCGGAAGCCCUGUGCAAAGAAGGACAACAAGUCUCCCAAAGGCAGGGAUGAGCACAGGAGCGAAGCCUCUCCUGGGCAUUCGGACAAUCGGAAGAAGGCGAGGUCAAGGAGGAUGGAUUGGAUAAGAGCUGUGAGAAGAAAAAGCAGAAGAAAGAGAAUAAGGAGAACAAAGACAAAGUGGCAUCCCUCAAGAAAGAAAAGGAGAUUGAGAAGGAGAGAAAGAAAGCCAAGGACAAAAAAGAAAGUAUUAUCUGCAGCUCACAUAGAACCAGAACUUAGGAAAAGUUACUUUUGGACGACAGCUCCCAGAAUCUCCCAGCCAGCCUCUAACCGUUGAAAAGCUUUUACAAGCUGUGCGCAGAACUGCUUAUGCUUGGCAUUGGGGUUACCAAACCUCCAUGGCUGGAAGGUCCUUUCUGGUCUUUAAAGUGGUAUCUUCAUAACUAUAAGGGGCU